AUGCUCUUCAAUAUCAUUAAGGAGAAGGCAAGGGCACAGCACAAGUAUCAUUUGCUGGCGAUGGAGCAGAAGCGUUUCAAUAUGAAGCCGAAUACUGCACAACCUCAACGAACGGACUCAACGCCUCCGAAGACUGGUUGCUGGCACUGCCAAGGCUCUCACUGGCUUCGGGACUGUCCGACUGCGACGGCUGAAGAUAAAAGUCGAGCAGUGGACAGAAUGAAAGAAGUGAAGGACAGGUCACGUGUGAAGAUGGUUCGCACUGCACCCCAACCAGGCGAAGUCAUGGUGAAUGAGUUGAUUGUAUUAGCAUAUUGCGCCGACUCUGGUUCCGACUCGACGGUAAUACCACGUACUGCGGUUGAAGAGUUGGUAGCUCUGGGGAGUGGUGUAAAGGUACAACCAUUACCGACACCGGUUGAUGCAAUAGUAGCAGGGGGGUCAACGGUGGUCUGUCGCGACUCCGUGACGCUCAACAUCGUUCUUCAGACCGCCACCGGCACUGUCCGCCUGCAAGAGGUCACAUGUCUGGUAAUGGAAGGAAAUGAGUCCGAUUUCCUCCUUGGCAACGAUACAUUAGUAUCACUGGGUAUUGAUGUCAACCAUCAACUAGAACAACUUGCCGGUAGUGCUCUUCCGGAAGAUGUCGACCCGUUUGAAGAAGAGGAAUGUCCAGAUGCGGAUCUGUCUGUCGCUGACAUUCGUGAGAAGCUUGAAGACAUGGUGGUUGCAGCCGGCAACAGCGGUUUCGACCAGGGAUACAUGUCGUUCCUCCGAGACAUUAUUGGCGUACGAAGACAUCUUUAG